UAUUUAGAAGAAACAAUAAAAAAGAAAAGAAAGAAAAUGGAGAAAGGGUUAAUCUCAGUGGAUGAAUGGAGAGAGGGAAGCCAAGCAUACUUCCUAACGCACCUGCACGCGGAUCACAUUAAAGGUCUAUCAUCCACCUGGGCCAAGGCUCCCAUCUUCUGCUCCCGCAUCACCGCCAAGCUCUUCCCUUUCAAAUUCCCCAACUUCAACCUCUCCCUUCUUCACGUCCUCGAUCUCGGCUCCUGGCACUCUCUCUCCCUCCUUUCGCCUUCCUCCGCUUCCGAAGUCACCGUCCAAGUCAUGGCCAUCGACGCUCACCAUUGCCCCGGCGCGGUUAUGUUCUUGUUUCGUGGCGAGUCUGGGUGCACGCUCAACACUGGAGAUUUCCGAUGGGAGAUAAACAGUGAGAGGGCGAAAUUAGGGAGGGAGAUGCUGUUGAAUGCUCUUCAGCACGAUAAGGUUGAUGCGCUUUACUUGGACAACACGUACUGUAAUCCUUCUUAUCAAUUCCCUCCCAGGGAAGUUGCUGCCCAGCAGAUUGUUGACCUCAUCACUUCCCAUCCAGACCAUGACAUUGUCAUCGGGAUUAACACCUUGGGCAAGGAAGAUCUUUUGCUCCACAUAUCAAAAGCACUUAAUAUAAAGAUUUGGGUCUGGCCAGAGCGCCUCCAAACCAUGCAUCUUCUUGGGUACCAUGACAUUUUCACGACCGACACAUCUCUUACAAGGGUGCGAGCUAUCCCUCGUUACAGUUUUAGCAUCAACACUCUAGAAGGGUUAAAUACGAUGCACCCAACUAUAGGAAUCAUACCAUCUGGUCUUCCAUGGAUUGCUAAGCCCCUUGAAAGAGAUGGCAGGCUUUUUGAUUCCCUUUUAACUUCUCGUUACAACAGAAGCAAAGUGAGUUCAAGAGGUGGGAAGAAGAACGAUAAAACCCAUGGCAAUUUAGGAUCUGUAGAAAGGUUUCACAAGUACAUAUAUUCGGUCCAAUAUUCUGAUCACUCGAGCUAUCCGGAGCUAGAGGAGUUCAUAAAGCUUGUGCAGCCAACCAAUAUGAAAGGCAUUGUAACUACUUCACCUUGUUAUGUCGAUCCUCUUUAUUACUUUGGUCGCAUUUGUGGAAUAAACCAGCCAUCACAAAAGUUGCACCGUCAACAUCAAAUGUUUGGAAAAGGUUAUAUUGGAAUAGAAAAUAAAAGAAAAAGGGUUGAUCGUUUAGGAUUUCAUUCAAUUAGGGAAAGAGUGAUAAGACGAACUGUUCGAGGUGUAAAGCUUGAUGAAUAUGAUGGUUCUGAUUGACUAGAGACUUUGACUUCGGCACCUACUAAGUUGACAAUGUUGUAAAUGGUUGGGACUAGUUACUAGUAACUGAGAAAUGAAAUUGUGUCAGCAUUAGUUGGUUCAAUUAGUUGUGUAUACACUAA